AUCUGUUCGAUGUCAUCUUUCGGUUUUGUGCAGAUAAUCGCUGAGUAACUUGCGUUGCAUUCGAGCGAACAUCAUGGUGUUCGGUGAUUUUUUGCUAGUUUUGUGAAAAAACUCCAUUGAAACAAUGUUUUUGGGUAGAAUUUUUGUGGUAAUCACCGGUUUAAAUAUCUUGGCGGCUGAGACGAGGAUGUGCAAAUGUUGGAAUGGUUACAGGGUGGAUUUCAGCAGUAGUGGGCCCCAAUGUGUGGCGAUAGGUCAGUUCCACAUAAUGCCCUGUAACAUGGUGAGAUCGCCGAAAUGUAAAUGUUCCGGCAUCGUGAGCAACAUUUUAAAAGAUCGAACUGGUACUUGGUGCACUCGGUACAACCGAGGAAAAGAAUUGAUGAGAUGGCCUUGCGAAAAUAUGGAAGAAUGGGACGAAUUUUUCAGAAAGCAUCCAGAUUUUAUAUAAGCAAAAUACAUU